CGUGGCAAAUAUGUAAUUAAAGAAACUACAGGGGAAGGGGGAGAAUAUAGAAACUGUAAGGCUCUAGUGCGUGAAUUCAGUUCGCAGAUUUGAUUUUGGUGAGAGAGACGAAAAGAGAGAAGGCGGUUACGUCGGGAGAAAAAAUGUGUUGGAAUUCUGUGUUGCUUCCUGUUCUUCUGCUUCUUUUCAGCUUCUUUGCUUCACUUGACGCCCAAUUGCAGAAUACAGACAGAGUUGAGGGGAAUGAAGAAAUUGAGAUAGGGUUUGGGCGCAGAGCUCUGUUGAGUUUCAAAGAGACUCCACAGGGAAGUAACGUUAGCUUUGAAUGCUCUCGUUCUGGCCCCUGUAUUGCCUGCCUCUACUCUGAAAAGAAUGAUGAAAAAUAUCGCUGCAGUGAGACUGGCUACCGUAUUCCCCUGAAAUGUGUGGAGAUCAAAGACACUUCAAAAGUUUCCAAUGAGAAAAAAUCUCAUGAUGGUCGCUCAAUGCUUGAAAUGUCUUAUGAGCACAAGCUAGUGAUCCCUGUGCUGAAUGAUGCAAGUGGUCAUGCUUCACCAAUUGCACAAAGAAAUUUAAGAGAUGGUUCUAUCUCAGCAACAGAUGGUGCUCAGGCUUACACCACUUAUAGAAGCUGUAUUCCAUCAGUUAAUGAAGAAAAGUUGUCUGUACUUGGUUUUGAGGGCAUUGUGCUAUGUUUGCUGCUGGUAAGUGGUUCAUUUAUUUACAUCAGAAGGAAGCGAACUGUUUCAACGGCUGGUUUUGCUUCUGGCAGGCUGCAGUCAAAUUCCAGGUUUUAGUUUAGUUUAGUCAGGAGUCUUCUUUUGUUACAAUUGUUCAUGUGACAUAAAUGUAUUAUCCACGAAUACAACAAAUUGAAAUUAUAGAUGUAUCAACACCUAGGAACUGAAUGGUUGCACAUACUUUUCUCCCUGUUCCAUUAUUUCGAAACGAAAUCAACCAAUUCGACUUGCUUUCAUUGCUUUC